AGACUUGUCAUUCACUCCAAUGAAAGUCAUUUGAUUUGAGAUUCAGAAGCGAUCGCAACAAUGGCAACGAUGAUCACCACUCACAGCAACAAUGGUCUCAAACAGGACGACUGGAAGAGUCAGUUGAAGGCGCCGCCGAAGGAUAUGCGGCCGCAGACGUCGGACGUGACGGCCACUCGUGGCAAUGAAUUCGACGAGUUUUGUCUGAAUCGCGAACUGCUGAUGGGCAUUUUCGAAAAGGGUUGGGAGAGGCCGUCGCCCAUUCAGGAGGCGGCCAUUCCUGUGGCGCUUUUGGGUCGCGAUGUCGUGGCCAGAGCCAAGAACGGGACGGGAAAGACGGGAGCCUACGUGAUUCCGUUACUGCAGAAAGUGGAUGUGACUGUUCCGCACAUUCAGGCUCUUGUGAUUGUUCCGACACGUGAACUGGCGUUACAGACGUCGCAGAUCUGUUUGGAACUGUCGAAACACAUGAGAGCCAAAGUGAUGGUCACGACGGGCGGAACCAACCUCAAGGACGACAUCAUGCGCAUCUACGACAACGUGCACGUGGUAAUUGCGACUCCGGGUCGGAUCUUGGAUUUGAUCGAGAAGAAGGUGGCCGUAAUGGAGAGAUGCGGAAUCGCGGUGUUGGACGAAGCGGACAAACUCUUGUCGCAAGACUUCAAGGGAAUGCUCGACAUGUUGAUCGGCCACUUGCCUCCCGACCGCCAGGUGCUCAUGUUUUCGGCCACCUUUCCGGUAACGGUGGAGCAGUUUAUGCGCCGCCAUCUUCGUCAAGCGCAUGAAAUCAAUUUGAUGGACGAGUUGACACUAAAGGGCGUAACUCAGUAUUACGCGUUCGUCCAGGAAAGACAGAAAGUUCACUGUUUGAAUACUUUGUUUUCGAAACUGCAGAUCAAUCAGUCCAUCAUUUUCUGCAAUUCCACGCAACGCGUCGAACUGUUGGCCAAGAAGAUCGCCGAACUCGGCUAUUCGUGUUAUUACAUUCACGCCCGAAUGCCGCAACCGCAUCGCAACCGCGUAUUUCACGACUUCCGCAACGGUUUGUGUCGCAAUCUCGUCUGUUCCGACCUCUUCACGCGUGGAAUCGACAUCCAAGCCGUCAAUGUGGUCAUCAACUUUGAUUUCCCCAAAAUGGCCGAAACUUAUUUGCACCGAAUCGGACGGUCGGGACGUUUCGGACAUCUCGGAGUGGCCAUCAAUCUCAUCACUUACGAUGACCGCCACCAAUUGCACCGCAUUGAGGCCGAACUGUCGACCACCAUCGCUCCCAUUCCCAAGGUCAUCGACCCGGCACUGUAUGUGGCGGACGCGCAGACGGCGCGCGACGAGAACGACGACUGAAUGACUCAAUAAAAACGCAUUUCUGACGCACUCUGACGUCAUUGCGCGCGC